AUGGCUCAAAAUAAACAUAAUAAGAUAAAUAUUGAAAAUAAAAGGAAACAGGGAAUAUCCCUAAAGAGAUCUCGAAGCGUUGUAUCCAUGAAUUCGAAUAUAUCAGAUCGUAUAGCCACCAGUCCCUUAAUUAGACAGAUAUCGUUCAAGAAACGAAGAGCCGAUCUCGAAACAAUGUCAUACAAAAGCAAUUAUGACGAACCGAAUCAUGUUCGCGAUGGGAAUUUAACAAGCUUGAAUGUUCAUGACUCCAAAGGAAACAUAGUGACGGAUAAUGAGGCACCGCCUAAUAAAACAGAUAUAUCACAUCUUCAUUUAGUCGAUUGUGAUUUCAAUUCCAACAUCAAUGCAUCCUCUAAUUUGACCAUUGACUUGUCAAAGAAUAACUUCAUCCCGUCCGCAAGACCCCCCAAAACUCCUUCUAUUAAGUCACCUGUGCUUGACGACUGGGACUCAUACAACUUCGUACCUAGUUGUUCGUCAAACGCAGAAUCUUGUUUAACGGCAAAUUCGAUACCAAAUUCGAUAUCAGAUUCGAUAUCAAGCUUUGUGAAAAGGAUCCCGAAAGGUAUUCGGUCAGGCAAGUCUACAAACAGCAGCUCCUUACUGGAGAAUAGCCAUUGGGAAAGUUAUGGCAAUGAACUGUUCAUUGUUGACGACGUUGUACAUGCACAUCGCAAUAGAUUGCAAGUAAAGUUAAAUAAAGUUAUCACUCAUUCAAAUAAACGAUGGCUGAACAUAUUUCAGAAAAGAACACAAGCUGAAAAUGGUCAUGAGAUUACACAAUCCAUAUCACCCUUAGAUCCUACAGAAUCCCAAGAGAAAUUCAAGUCACCAGUAAAGGUACACCACAGCUCAGGAAUACAGAAGAAGGCAGCUGUGCAAUCGCUCAUCAAAUGCGAUUCUAAUAUAAUACCCCAGAAAAUUUUAAUUUCAAACACUAAAGAAAAUCAUCCGAAAAAAUUACCUGAUUCCAGGUCUAUCUAUAACAAGCCUAAUAUUCACUAUGUCAAGCGUGUUACCAAGCAGUUUAGAAUUACUAAUACUUCCGAAAAAUCCAAUGAAACAACAUAUUUGGUUCGCAAGGAGCAAAUAUUCUCGCCGAAUACUGAUUUAAAAGAUUCAGCUAAUAGUCCUAACUGUCCUGAAAACAUUCAGGGAUUUUCUUCUCUAAGUAUAAAAGAUUUCUUACAGGAUGCAAAUUCAACAAACUGA